GCCUGGGCGUCGUGGAGAACAACUACAGCGCUGUGGAGGCGUACCUCUCCUGCGGUGGCAAUCCAGCCCGUUCGUUGACCAGCACCGAGAUUGCCGCCCUCAACCGUAACUCGGCGUUCGACGUGGGCCACACACUGAUCCACCUGGCCAUUCGUUUUCAUCGCGAGGAGAUGCUGCCGAUGCUGCUGGCCCAGAUCUCCGGUUCGGGGCCGGGCAUCAAGCGCGUGCCGUCCUACGUGGCCCCCGACUUGGCGGCCGACAUCCGACGCCACUUUGCCAAUACCCUGCGCUUGCGCAAGUCCGGACUCCCCUGCCACUAUGUGCAAAAGCGCGCCACCUUCGCCCUCCCCGCCGAGAUUGAGGAGCUGCCGAUCCCCAUACAGGAGCAGCUCUGCGACGCGCAGAAACAGCUUGAGACGCCGCCGCCGGCCUUGAAUUGGUCGCUGGAGAUCACUGCUCGCCUCAGCUCUCGGAUGUUCGUCCUGUGGAACCGCAGUGCUGGCGACUGCCUGCUGGACUCGGCCAUGCAGGCCACCUGGGGCGUCUUCGAUCGUGACAAUAUACUGAGGCGGGCACUGGCCGACACACUGCAUCAGUGCGGGCACGUGUUCUUUACUCGAUGGAAAGAGUACGAGAUGCUGCAAGCUUCGAUUCUGCACUUUACGCUGGAGGACUCUCAGUUCGAGGAGGACUGGAGGGAGGACUGGAGUACACUAUUGUCAAGUUCCACGACUUGGCAUUUUUCGAUCCAGCAUUGUACGAAUCUUUUAGACAAAUUAUUCAAAAUGCCCAAACAAAGGAAGGCGAUGAAAAUAUUAUUCGUAUGGAGCUAUGCUUUGUUAUUGAUUUGAUGAAGGAGGAGGGCUGCGGGAACAGAGAGCUUAUCCCAGGAGGGCGCGAAGUUGCAGUCACAUCGAG